AUGGAUUCCGACGAUGAACAAUUCCAACAAGCGGUAGAUCUAGAGUUCCAAAACCUUGUUGCGGCGGUGCAACGUGAAGCGGAAGAGGCAGAAGAGGCGGCGGCUGAGGCGGCGGUGGCAAUUGGCCGGCCAUUCCAUCAUCGGCGAUUUUUCGAUCGUGAUCAUGUCGGGGCAGACCGCAGGUUGAUGGAGGACUACUUCAACGACAACGCCCGUUAUCCGCCAGAAGUUUUCCGUCGGCGAUUCAGAAUGUCGAAAAAUCUCUUCGUCCAUAUAGCGACGUGUUUGGCGCAGCGGUUCAGGUGCUUCAACUUGCGAUAUGAUGCUACCGGCCAACCCGGCUUGUCGACUUUCCAGAAGUGUACGAUGAUGGGCAAAAUGACUGGACUACAGACGCUGAGGCAGUUUUGCAGGGGGAUCAAUGAUAUCUUCAAAGGGGAGUAUCUACGGAAGCCAUCGGCCGAUGAUUGCCAGAGAUUGAUUGCUAUGCACGGGACUGCACAUCAUUUUCCGGGGAUGUUGGGGACCAUCGAUUGCAUGCACUGGGAGUGGAGGAACUGUCCAGUGGCUUGGAAGGGGCUGUUCACUUCUGGCUUCAAAGGCAGACAUCCCACGAUGAUUUUGGAAGCCAUUGCUGAUUACCGCUUACGAAUCUGGCAUGCAGGAUCACGCCUCCUCCUCUACAGCUCAGCUCACCGGCAAUGCUCGAUUAGGUUAACUUUUGCGCUCACCAAUUUAGUAGCUUCAGCUUAG